AGCCCGGCGGCCGAGCGGGGCGCGGACCUGGGCGCCGACGAAGAGCAGCCCGUCCCGUACCCGGCACUGGCGGCCACUGUCUUCUUCUGCCUCGGGCAGACCACGCGGCCGCGCAGCUGGUGUCUCCGGCUGGUCUGCAACCCGUGGUUCGAACACGUCAGUAUGCUGGUCAUCAUGCUCAACUGCGUGACCCUCGGCAUGUUCCGGCCCUGUGAGGAUGUUGAGUGCCGCUCGGAGCGCUGCAGCAUCCUGGAGGCCUUUGACGACUUCAUCUUCGCAUUCUUCGCGGUGGAGAUGGUCAUCAAGAUGAUCGCCCUGGGGCUAUUCGGACAGAAGUGCUACCUGGGUGAUACAUGGAACAGGCUGGACUUCUUCAUUGUCAUGGCGGGCAUGAUGGAGUACUCUCUGGACGGACACAACGUGAGCCUCUCAGCCAUCCGGACGGUGCGCGUGCUGCGGCCCCUCCGCGCCAUCAACCGUGUGCCCAGCAUGCGGAUCCUGGUCACGCUGCUGCUGGACACACUCCCCAUGCUCGGGAACGUUCUCCUGCUCUGCUUCUUUGUCUUCUUCAUCUUCGGCAUCGUGGGAGUCCAGCUUUGGGCUGGCCUGCUGCGCAACCGCUGCUUUCUGGACAGCACCUUCGCCAGAAACAGUAACCUCAGCUUCCUGCGGCCAUACUACCAGCCGGAGGAGGGCGAGGAGAACCCUUUCAUCUGCUCCUCCCGCCGGGACAACGGCAUGCAGAAGUGCUCGCACAUCCCCAGUCGCCGUGAGCUGCGCGUGGAGUGCACGCUGGGCUGGGAGGCCUAUGGGCAGCCGCAGGCCGAGGGCACAGGUGGCGCCGGCCAUCACACCUGCAUCAAUUGGAACCAGUACUACAACGUGUGCCGCUCUGGUGACUCCAACCCACACAAUGGGGCCAUCAGCUUUGACAACAUCGGCUACGCCUGGAUCGCCAUCUUCCAGGUGAUCACGCUGGAGGGCUGGGUGGACAUCAUGUACUACGUCAUGGAUGCUCACUCCUUUUACAACUUCAUCUACUUCAUCCUGCUCAUCAUCGUGGGUUCCUUCUUCAUGAUCAACCUGUGCCUGGUGGUGAUCGCCACACAGUUCUCAGAGACGAAGCAACGAGAGAACCAGCUGAUGCGGGAGCAGCGGGCCCGCUACCUGUCCAACGACAGCACACUCGCCAGCUUCUCAGAGCCAGGCAGCUGCUACGAGGAGCUUCUCCGGUACGUGGGCCACAUCUACCGCAAGGUGAAGCGCCGAGGCCUGCGCCUCUACGCCCGCUGGCAGAGUCGCUGGUGCAAGAAGGUCGACCCCAGCAGUGCACUGCAUGGCCAGGGUCCUGGGCGCCGGGCGCGGCGGGCGGGUGGGCGCACCGCCUCCAUCCACCACCUGGUCUACCAUCACCACCACCACCACCACCACCACUACCACUUCAGCCAUGGCAGCCCGCGCCGGCCGGGCCCCGAGGAGGGUGCCGGGGACACCAGGCUGGUGCGGGCUGGAGUGCCGCCCUCACCUGGGCGUGGGCCCCCUGACGCUGAGUCAGUGCACAGCGUGUACCAUGCAGACUGUCAUGUGGAAGGGCCACAGGAGAGGGCCAGGGUGGCACACGCCGCGGCCACCACUGCUGCCAGCCUCAAGCUGGCCACUGGGAUGGGCGCCAUGAACUACCCCACCAUCCUGCCUUCAGCUGCAGGCGGCAGCAAGGGGAAGCAGUCCAGCGGGCCGCUGGGAGCUGGGGGGCACAGCCCCCUGAGCCUAAGCAGCCCUGAUCCCUGCGAGAAGCUCCAGCACCUGGUUGGGGAGCAUGGACUGGGCCAGGCCCCCAGCCGCCUGUCGGGCCUGAGCGUGCCCUGUCCCCUGCCCAGCCCCCAGGCGGGCACACUGACCUGUGAGCUGAGCAACUGCCCAUACUGCACCAGCGCCCUGGAGGACCCGGAGCUGGAAUUCAGUGACUCAGACAGCGGAGACUCAGACAGCAAUGGGGUCUACGAGUUCACACAGGAUGUGCGGCACGGGGACCGCCGUGACCCCAUGCAGCCAUCCCCAGCGGUGGACGCGCCAGGCCCAGGUGGGGCACGGCGGCGGGUGCAGCGGCGGGCAGCAGCGGGUGAGCUGGGUGGGUUGGGCCGUGUCUGGACCUCCUUCAGUGGCAAGCUGCGCAGGAUCGUGGACAGCAAGUACUUCAACCGUGGCAUCAUGGUGGCCAUCCUCACCAAUACGCUGAGCAUGGGCGUCGAGUACCACGAGCAGCCUGACGAGCUGACCAACGCCUUGGAGAUCAGCAACAUUGUGUUCACAAGCAUGUUUGCCCUGGAGAUGCUGCUAAAGCUGCUGGCCUGCGGCCCAGUGGGCUACAUCCGGAACCCCUACAACAUCUUCGAUGGCAUUAUUGUCGUUAUCAGCGUCUGGGAGAUCAUUGGGCAAGCGGAUGGUGGGCUAUCGGUGCUGCGGACCUUCCGGCUGCUGCGGGUGCUGAAGCUGGUACGCUUCAUGCCCGCGCUGCGGCGCCAGCUGGUGGUGCUCAUGAAGACCAUGGACAACGUGGCCACCUUCUGCAUGCUGCUCAUGCUCUUUAUCUUCAUCUUCAGCAUCCUCGGUAUGCACCUAUUUGGCUGCAAAUUCAGCCUGAAGACGGACACCGGAGACACGGUCCCUGACAGGAAGAACUUUGAUUCCUUGCUGUGGGCCAUUGUCACCGUGUUCCAGAUCCUCACCCAGGAGGACUGGAACGUGGUUCUCUACAACGGCAUGGCCUCCACCUCCUCCUGGGCCGCCCUCUACUUCGUGGCUCUCAUGACCUUUGGCAACUACGUGCUCUUCAACCUGCUGGUGGCCAUCCUGGUGGAGGGUUUCCAGGCCGAGGGUGACGCCAACAGGUCUGACACAGAUGAAGACAAGACAUCUACCCAUGUGGAGGAGGAUCUGGACAAGUUCAGAGGCCUCAGGGCCACAGAGAUGAAGAUGUACUCACUGGCGGUGACCCCCAACGGGCACCUGGAGGGCCGGGGCAGCCUGCCCCCUCCCGUCAUCAUGCGCACGGCAGCCACACCCAUGCCCACCCCUAAGAGCUCCCCACACCUGGACGCAGCCCACGGUCUCCUGGACUCUCGGCGUGGCAGCAGCAGUUCCGUGGACCCCCAGCUAGGGGACCAGAAGUCUCUGUCCAGCCUGCGCAGCUCGCCCUGCACCCACUGGGGCCCCAACAGCGCCUGGAGCAGCCGGCGCUCGAGCUGGAACAGCCUGGGCCGUGCGCCCAGCCUCAAGCGCCGGAGCCAGCGUGGGGAGCGUGAGUCGCUGCUGUCUGGCGAGGGCAAGGGCAGCGGCAGCACAGACGAGGAGGCUGAGGACGGCAGGCCCGGGGCAGGGGCCUCACCAGGCACACGUGCCACGCCACUGCGGCGUGCCGAGUCCCUGGACCACCGCAGCACACUGGACCUACAGCCCCCACGGCCGGCCACCCUGCUGCCCACUAAGUUUCACGACUGCAAUGGGCAGGUGCUAGCCCUGCCCAGCGAAUUCUUCCUGCGCAUCGACAGCCACAAGGAGGACCUGGCUGAGUUUGAUGAUGACGUGGAGGAUAGCUGCUGCUCCCGGCUGCAGAAAGUGCUGGAGCCCUACAAGCCCGAGUGCUGUCGGAGCCGAGAGCCCUGGGCCCUGUAUCUCUUCUCCCCCCAGAACAGGUUCCGCAUCUCAUGCCAGAAGAUCAUCGCUCACAAGAUGUUUGAUCAUGUUGUCCUCGUCUUCAUCUUUCUUAACUGCAUCACGAUCGCCCUGGAAAGGCCAGACAUCGACCCUGGCAGCACCGAGCGCGUCUUCCUCAGUGUCUCCAACUACAUUUUCACAGCGAUCUUCGUGGCUGAGAUGAUGGUGAAGGUAGUGGCCCUGGGCCUGGUCUCUGGCGAGCACGCCUAUCUGCAGAGCAGCUGGAACGUGCUGGAUGGGCUGCUGGUCCUGGUGUCCCUGGUCGACAUCGUCGUGGCCAUGGCCUCAGCCGGUGGUGCCAAGAUCCUGGGCAUCCUGCGUGUGCUGCGCCUGCUGCGGACACUUCGGCCCCUGAGGGUCAUCAGCCGCGCUCCGGGCCUCAAGCUGGUGGUUGAGACUCUGAUAUCAUCGCUCAGGCCCAUUGGAAACAUUGUCCUCAUCUGCUGUGCCUUCUUCAUCAUCUUUGGCAUCCUGGGGGUGCAGCUCUUCAAAGGGAAGUUUUACUACUGCGACGGUGCCGACACCAGGAACAUCUCCACUAAGGCCGAGUGCCGGGCAGCUCGCUACCGCUGGGUGCGGCGCAAGUAUAACUUUGACAACCUGGGCCAGGCGCUCAUGUCCCUGUUCGUGCUCUCGUCCAAGGACGGCUGGGUGAACAUCAUGUACGACGGGCUGGAUGCCGUGGGCAUAGACCAGCAGCCAGUGCCCAACCACAACCCUUGGAUGCUGCUCUACUUCAUCUCCUUCCUGCUCAUCGUCAGCUUCUUUGUGCUCAACAUGUUCGUGGGUGUCGUGGUGGAGAACUUCCACAAGUGCCGGCAGCACCAGGAGGCCGAGGAGGCACGGCGGCGGGAGGAGAAGCGGCAGCGGCGCCUGGAGAGGAAACGCAGGAGCACUUUCCCCAGCCCAGAGGCCCAGCGCCGGCCCUACUAUGCAGACUACUCACCCACACGCCGCUCCAUCCACUCCCUGUGCACCAGCCACUACCUGGAUCUCUUUAUCACCUUCAUCAUCGGUGUCAACGUCAUCACCAUGUCCAUGGAGCACUACAACCAGCCCAAGUCUCUGGACGAGGCCCUCAAGUACUGUAAUUACGUCUUCACCAUCGUCUUCGUCUUCGAGGCUGUGCUGAAGCUGGUGGCCUUUGGAUUCCGGAGGUUCUUCAAGGACAGAUGGAACCAGCUAGACCUGGCCAUCGUCCUGCUGUCCAUCAUGGGUAUCACCCUGGAGGAGAUCGAGAUGAACGCAGCACUGCCCAUCAACCCCACAAUCAUCCGCAUCAUGCGUGUGCUUCGAAUCGCCCGAGUGCUGAAGCUGCUCAAGAUGGCCACUGGCAUGCGGGCCCUGCUGGACACGGUGGUUCAGGCGCUGCCCCAGGUAGGGAACCUCGGCCUGCUUUUCAUGCUCCUGUUUUUUAUCUAUGCUGCCCUGGGAGUGGAGCUGUUCGGGAGGCUCGAGUGCAGUGAGGACAACCCCUGUGAGGGCCUGAGCAGACACGCCACCUUCUCCAACUUCGGUAUGGCCUUUCUCACGCUGUUCCGAGUGUCCACGGGGGACAACUGGAAUGGGAUCAUGAAGGACACGCUUCGGGAGUGCGCACGCGAGGACAAGCACUGCCUCAGCUACCUGCCAGCCAUCUCACCCAUCUACUUCGUCACCUUCGUGCUGGUGGCCCAGUUCGUGCUGGUCAAUGUGGUGGUGGCUGUGCUCAUGAAGCACCUGGAGGAGAGCAACAAGGAGGCCCGUGAGGAUGCCGAGCUGGACGCUGAGCUUGAGCUGGAGAUGGCUCAGGGGCCCCCCACCCGCUCCAGGCCUGGGGCCCCGCAGAGCCUGGGCACCGGGCCAGACACCCCCAGUCUACUGGUUGUGCGCAAGGUAUCCGUCUCUCGGAUGCUCUCACUGCCCAACGACAGCUACAUGUUCCGGCCCGUGGCGCCCGCCGCUGCCGCUCACCCCCAGCCACUGCAGGAGGUGGAGAUGGAGACCUACCCAGGCACCUUGGGUCCAGUCACCUCCACCAACUCGCCACCUGUGGAGUCCUGUGCCUCUCUCCAGGUCCCAUCAGCCACAGCCUCCCCAGCCAUGACCAGCAACACUCUCCGUGCUCUGCCCCCUCGGGGUGCAGCCUGCUCCCCCAGCCUCAGCCGGCUGCUCUGCAGACAGGAGGCCGUGCACACCGAGUCCCUGGAAGGGCAGGUUGACGCCCCCGGGGACAGCAGCCCUGGUUGGGCAGAGCCUGGCGGGAAGACCCCUGUGAGGCAGGCGUCCCUGGGGGCCUCCUUGCGGUCCCCGCCCCGUUCCCCGAGGCCCGCCAACGUCCGCACCCGCAAGCACGCUUUUGGACAGCGUUGCAUCUCCAGCCGGCCGCCGGCCCCAGGCGGAGAGGAGGGCGAGGCCCCAGACGCGGCCGAUGAGGAGGUCAGCCACAUCACCAGCUCUGCCCGCAGCCCCUCGGCCUCGCCUGCUGCCCGUGGGGUGGUGGGUGGUGAGCCAGCCCGGCACGGGCUCUACAGUGUCGGCGCCCAGGGCUUCCUGGAACAGCCGGGCCGAGCCGACGAACAGAGGCGGCCCUCAGUGGAGCAAGGCUGCGUAGACGGCCGCCCAGAGGCCGGUGAGGUGACGGCCCGGGCCCAGGAGGCUGAAUUGGCUCUGGGGUCACGCAGGAAGAAGAAGAUGAGCCCCCCCUGCAUCUCCAUAGACCCCCCCGCGGAGGAUGAGGGCGCGGCCCGGCCCCCUGCGGCGGAGGGCAGCAGCACCACCCUGCGGCGGAGAACCCCGUCCUGCGAGGCCGCACCCCACAGGGACCCCCUGGAGCCCAUGGACAAUGCAGGGGUGGACGCUGCUCCCAAAGGGGAGCGGUGGGGCCAGGCCCCCUGCCGUGCAGAACACCUGGCCAUCCCAAACUUUUCCUUUGAGACACUGGACAUGGGGGGCCCUAGCGGGGGCCUGUUCUUCGACGGCGGCCAUGGUGUUGCCGCAGAACCCAGACUUUCAUCCUCAGGUGCUACGGCACCUCCGGAACCUCAGCAGACCGAGCCACCCACUCCACCUGGUGACCCCCCAGGAGAGGGACAAGGGCUUCACCUCACAGUCCCCCAGAGUCCCCUGAAGAAAGGGCCCCCCCCAGCCACCAGCACCCUGGGUGACAGUGUAGAUGAGCCCGUGUAGCUCGAGGUGCAGUACGCACUGGCUUUGGCCCUGGGGUUGGGGUGCACCCAGCAGGGUGGUGGCGCCAGGCUGGGCCAUCCGUGGACCCCAGGUCAGACCCCACCAUGGGUAGAGGAGCCGGGUGAGUGUCAGCCCAGUACGCGGGGAGGCAGACGCUGUUCCGGGUGCAGCGGAGCCUGGGGAGCCCGUGGACUGAAGCCUCCCUCCCGUCCAUUCAGGUUUGGGAUUUCCGAGUUUGCCGCCCUGCUCUGAGGCCGGGUUGCGGUCUGGUCAUCAGUCCUGUAACAAAAGCUGUGUCCAAGGGACAAGGAGCAGAAAAUGACCAAAAGGGGAAAAGCAGAGGCCAUCCAGCAGAGCGCGAUCCUCACAUCCACUUAUUUUUAUAGGGAACACGCUCGGGGCCACUUGUGCCGUCUGGGUGGCGGCUCCAUCCCCGAGGCUACGUGGCCACGCUUCACGUCACUCACAGUCUGAGUUCUCAUCUGUUUGUCUCCACCCCUCAUCGCUCCCCUCUGUGCCCACUCCCCACUUCUGUCCCCCUCGGCAUUUGGAGAACACCCCUGACUGGACUCUGGGAAACGGCCGGUCACCAGGGCUUUGGGGACUUUCCAGUGAGACCCCUGCUGCCCGUGGGGAGUUUCAGCUGAUACCCCUUGUUUCAUUUCAUUUCUUUUAUAAAUUCAGGUUAAACGUUGCAAUAAUAUGAAGCAGAAUACUCCGCUUCUCAAGUCAAGGGGACUUGGGAUUGGGGGCAAAGCAGAGCAGAAUAAAUAUUAACUUAUUUAAGAAAAGCA